UGACUUUGACACGUUUGUGACAUCUGUGGUGGAGACCAUGUGAGACUGACAGUACAACAACACUGUUUUGAUUUUUGUCGGAAUCACGUCAGAAUGAAUAAAUUCCCUGAAUUUCCGUCCUUUUUACGAUUGUAAAUAAAAAUGUCUUUGUAAUUUUGAAUGAUAAUAUCUGUAGCAUCCGGUAUAAAAUUUUUAAAAAAUGCUCGCGCAACGUAUAAUACGCCGAUCGCGUGUCUUUUGUUCUUUACACGUUUCGUAUACAAAACGAUCAAAAGGUACACAAAGUAACAGCGUUGAUAGCCCCCUGCGGCAGCUACUGAACGACUCAAGCGGAUUCGCCGAAGCUACAACGCUCGAGCCAGAGCUGCAAUGGGCGACGCAGCCGUACGCGGCGCGGGCGCCGGGUCAGGCCGAGACCUCGCCGCGGGUGGACCCCCAGGAGACCAGCGUGCUCCUCUUCCCUGGGCAAGGAUCGCAAAAAGUGGGCAUGGGCAGAGAGCUACUGAAAUUUCCUGCAGCUAAAGAUCUGUAUGAUUUAGCUUCUAGUGUUGUUGGAUGGGACGUGAGGAAGGUGUGCGUGGAAGGGCCGGCGGAGGAGCUGGACCGGCGCUGCCAGACGGCGGUGCUGGUGACGUCGCUGGCGGCGCUGGAGCGCGCGCGCGACGAGCGGCCGGCGGCGCUGCAGCGCGUGCGCGCCGUGGCCGGCUUCUCGCUCGGGGAGAUCACCGCGCUCGUGUUCGCUGGCUCGCUGACUUUUGAAGGAGCUCUGCGCCUGGUGGAGCUGCGCGCGGCCGCGAUGCGCGCGGCGGCGCGGGAGCGCGCGGGCGGCAUGCUGACGCUGUGGCUGGCGCCCGACGCGCGCCUGCCGCUGCUGCUGCUGCGCGCGCGCGAGCGGGCGGCCGAGCGCGGCGUGCCCGCGCCCGUGGCCGUGGUGGCCAACUACCUCUUCCCCGGCUGCAAGGUCGUCGCCGGAGACGAGGAGGCGCUGAAGUUCAUAGAGAGGAACGGGUCAGAGUUCGGCGUAAAGCGCGCGGCGCGCGUCCGCGUGGAGGGCGCGUUCCACACGCCGCUGAUGGCGCGCGCGGAGGAGGCGGUGCGCGCGGCGCUGGGCGCGCUGGAGGUGUGCGCGCCGCGCGUGCGCGUGGUGUCGGGCGUGGAGGCGCGCGCGCUGGGCGACGCGGGCGCGGCGCGGCGCGCGCUGGCGCGGCACGUGACGCGGCCGGUGCGCUGGGAGCAGACGCUGCAGGCGCUGUACGCGCGGCCGCGCGGCGCGCGCUUCCCGCUGACGCUGGCGCUGGGCCCGGGCGGCGCGCUGCGCUCCACGCUGCGCCAGGUCAACGCGCGCGCCUGGGACCGCUCGCUGCAGAUCGACGCCUAGCGCUCUAGCGGGGCGGAGCGGAGCGAUAUAGUGUAAGGAAACAGUGAUAACAUAUUAUGCCGUUGCCGAAUGUUGUGUUUUACCAAAAAAUAAUAAACUCUGUUACGCAA